AUGCAGCAGGACAGUAAUGAUGACGCUGAAGAUGUUUCACUGUUUGAUGCAGAAGAAGAGACAGCUAGUAGACCUAAAAGAUCCAAAAUCAGACAUCCAGUGGCAUCAUUUUUCCAUUUGUUCUUUCGAGUGAGUGCGAUUAUAGUCUAUCUUCUAUGUGAAUUGCUCAGCAGCAGCUUUAUUGCCUGUAUGGUCACCAUUAUCUUGUUGUUAUCAUGUGACUUUUGGGCAGUGAAGAAUGUCACAGGUAGACUAAUGGUUGGUCUGCGUUGGUGGAAUCAUAUUGAUGAGGAUGGAAAGAGCCACUGGGUAUCUGAGUCCAGGAAGGCAACUUCUCAAGAAAGUAAAAGUGUUUCAGAGGCUGAAUCAAGAAUAUUUUGGUUAGGACUUAUUGCCUGUCCAGUCCUGUGGGUGAUAUUUGCCUUCAGUGCUCUCUUCUCCUUCAAAGUAAAGUGGUUGGCGGUGGUUAUCAUGGGUGUGGUGCUGCAAGGUGCCAACCUCUAUGGUUACAUCAGAUGUAAGGUGGGCAGCAGGAAGAAUUUAACCAGCAUGGCUACCUCGUAUCUCGGAAAGCAGUUUUUAAGACAAAAUACUGGAGAUGACCAGACUUCCUGAGUAGAGAGAAAACUUACGUGUUCUAUUACCUUGGGGAACAAUUGAAGAGAUUCUUGAUUCUGAACUGUUUAGAGAUCCAUCUGUUUUGCAAAGAGGCAUGUUGGGUUUGUUUUCUACUUAAAAACUUUAUUUAAAAAAUAUGAAACAGGUUUCAUAUUGUUUUUAGUUUUUUUCUAUU